AUGUUGCAAAAAAUCCAUCAACAACAGAUAUCCGUUGAUGGCAUUGACAUUCAAGGGUUUAUUGAUGGAGAUGUCACCGUCCAUGAAGGUUUUAGUGUAGAAAAAAGUGAAUUAGGUGGUUUUGGGAUAUUUUUAACCGUUGACCAGAUAUUAAAGGAUAAGAUAGAUGAGACGCAAGAUCUAUUAAUUGCUAGAAUCCCUGCCAAAAUUACAUUCGAUUUACCUUUAUUGUUGAGCAAACAAGAGACAUUGAAACUAAGAAGUCCAAAAGAGUGGGAGAUUAUCAAACAGGUUCUUAGUAAUUGUGAAGGUGUCAAUGAGACUGAGAUUCUAAUAGAUUAUUUCUUUGCUUUCAUGAUAAUUAUCAAUAAUCAUCAGGAAAGUGGUAUCAAGGAUUUAGAGUUUUAUCUUGAGAUCUUAAGUCAAACAAAUGUUGACGUCUUAGAGAAUAGUGAUGAUUUCUUGAGUCAAGUAGAGUUGAAGAAGAAACAUCAAUUGGAGGCGAAGUAUACCGAAAUUAUCCAGAGUUUGAGCCCUUCUAAGGUCCAUGUUCCAUCAUUUGAGGAAUACUAUCACAUGAAUAAAGUCAUCAGAUCACGUGUGUUAGAGAUCCCUCAUAGUGUAGAAGAAAACGAUGAAGAUUAUACAGUUAACACAACUUUAGUACCAUUACUUGAUUUCGCUAAUCAUAGAUAUGAUAACAAUGCUUAUUUUGAUGUUGAUAAAGGAACUGGUGAUAUUCUUCUAAAAGUUAAAUCCGAUACGAUUUCAAUGGGGAAACAAGAGAUCUGUAUUCAAUAUUCUGAUACUAAAUCUGUACAACAUUUUGUUUCCACUUAUGGAUUCAUUCCUCAUAAUUCAGUACAAGUGUUCGAGAUUAAGGUUAAUAGUAAUGAUAUCAAUCAUUGUAUCAAUAAGAUUCAAGACACUGUGGAUGUUAAAUACGAUCUCAUCAUGAAAUGGUUAGAAAUAUCACCUAUAAUACAACUCAUCAAAAAUGGAGAUGAAAUAGGUGCUAAUGUGAAUUUUAAUCCUAUUCCAUUCUGGGUGAUUUUCAGUCAUAAAUUCGAAUAUGUUGGAUGGGAAGACAAAUUGAACUUGUCAUUAAUCAAUGACGAUGACUUACAUAUAGAUAAUGUUGAAGAUUUGAGAACAUUCAUUAAAUUCCAAGAGGAUAAAUGUGAUGUCAUUCAAGGAUUAGAAAAAGUAGCCAUAAUCCCCGAUACAAUUGAAGACUUUGAUGAAGAUGAAUGUAAACAGAAGUUCUUUUCAUUGAUCAAAAUGUUAAAUGAUCAUAAAUCCUUGCCCGACACGUCCUUAACAUCGCAAUAUCUCAACUAUAAGAGAAAUCUACUUGAAAAAGUUCUGUCGGAGAUUGACAUCGAACACGAUGGGUUUUACCGCCCGGCUACUAUUUAUGGAUAA